AUGUGGUCAAAGGAACUUGAACAACAAAAACGUGUGUGCGAAAAACAGCAAAAGAAAGGCCGCGGGAGACAACAGAGAGUCACCCAAGAAAAGAAAAGGAAUGUGGACCAGGACAAAAAAUCAGUGGCUGACCAAAAACGUGAAUUCGAAGCCAGAUACGUGGAGGAGCACCAGCUCGGAGAAGGAGGCUGCGGAGCAGUUUUUGCUGGCUACCGGAUAGAAGAUCGUUUUCCAGUUGCCAUCAAACACAUUCCCAGAAAUAAAGUCUACUGCAAAGUGGCGGAUGAAAGCGGGAAGAAGCUCUCUGUGGAAGUGGCCAUUAUGCUGAAACUUGCAGGUGAAGCAGAAGGGUCAGUGGGAACAUCAGCACCUGUGUCCUUGCUGGAGUGGUUCGACCUUGGCAAAGAACUGAUCCUGGUGCUGGAGAGACCUGUCCCCGCUGUGGACCUGCAAAAAUACAAAGCAGAAAAUGGAAGAACUUUACCAGAGGACAAGGCCAAGGUCAUUCUGAAGCAACUAGUUGAUGCUGCAAAGGAACUUGAGGAUAAACACAUCUUUCAUCGGGACAUCAAGGGAGAAAACAUUCUGAUUGAGACCGGCUCAGAUGUGCCUCGUGUUCGCAUCAUUGACUUUGGACUGAGCUGCUUUGUUAAGCAGCGAUCUCUGUAUCGCGUCUUCUAUGGUACUCCUCUUCACACCCCUCCCGAGUGGUACAGGAGGAGCUGCUACAGGUGUGGACCCACCACGGUGUGGCAAAUGGGAGUGGUGCUGUAUGAAGCGGUUCAUGCACGGGACUUUGAUACCGAGAGGUUCCUCAGCAAGAAACUGACCAUCAAAAAGCGUCUGUCCACAAAAUGCCGGAAUUUCUUGGAAGCAUGCUUAACUAAAGUCCCGGAGAAGCGCCCAACACUGGAGGAGCUCCAGCAUCACCCCUGGCUAAGAUAACACACACAAACACACAAAUCACACAAUUCACAUCUUAUCAUGCAAGUGUGAUACAUUGUAGUAACUUGCUUUCUUUUUUCUGUUGGACAGGAAUAGAUAGAAUGGGACAAUUAAAAAUAAAAUCAAAAUUUUGCUUUCUUGGAGUUCCUGUAACCCCCCCAGCCAUCCCAGGAAAGGGGAUCUCUCUUUGAAUGGGCUUUCCCGAGGUUUCUUCCCAUCAAUCUGGCCCCCUGGGGAGUUUUUCCUCGUCUUCAUAGAGAGCUUGGGCUGGGUCAGGUGCUCCCUCAAAACUGUCUUUAUCUGAUGACAUCAAAUAAAGAUGUUUUACUUAAAGUAAAAUUUGAUCAAAAUAAAACUUGUUUAAUUUA